AGUUGCAUAAAUUUUUGCAUAAAGGAAAAAGUAAUUGAUAAAAAAAAUAAAUUACAAAAUACAAUCGUGACAUGUUCGAGUACAAAGAUGAAUUACAAUGCAAUGCUACCAACAAUUACAAUCGAUGAACCAACUAAAAUAACAUUUAACAAUAUCUCCAUGGACUGCAUGCCCAUCGUUACAUAUGCUGGAGAUAAAGAAUUAUUUAAAACUUUGAAAAAUAACUUAAUGAAAUCUGUGCCUAUUGAUUCUGUUGAAUGGAGAAGAUCAUAUGACAGACCUAUUAAGUUAGUGAAACUUGGUGCAACAUUUGUUCCAUUUUUUCAAAAUGUUUUACCAUCAGAAAAAGAUUGCCAUCUUAUCAAAAGACCUAUAUUUCAUACAUACUGGAGUGAAUGUACAGAUGUUGAUAUAUAUAAGUCAUCUCUUAGAGAUGAUAUAGAUUCUUGGUUAAAGACAUUAACAGCAGCUAGAAUACAAGAUUGGAUGAUAGUUUUAGUAGAAACUUAUGAUAUCAAAAAGAGCAACAAGUUAUUACCAAGAACAACUGUAUUAGAUAAAAUUCGUAAUGAUUUUGCAUCUAAACAUGGUGAUAGAUGCCUAUCUAUAAUUAAUCCAAUUAAAUCUGCAUCUCGCUCAACUGAGUCAUGGAGGGGUUUAAUAGGACGCAUUCGACAUUUAAUGUUAACAGCUUAUGAUAGAACAUUAUUGAAGUUUGAAAUAAUAAUCAGAGAACAUAGAGAAAACAGAAAUCAAACAGGCUGGAAUUUUUGUUAUUAUUUUUUAUUGCAGGAAGAGCUAGCAUUCAUUUUAGAAAUGUUAGGCUUAUAUGAUGAAGCUUUAGUGCAAUAUGAUGAACUCGAUGCUCUUUUUACACAAUUUGUAUUAAAUACAAAUGUAGGAGAUACUCCAAUGUGGCUGAGUUCAUUCCAAAAUCCUUUGAAUAAUUGGACAGGUAUUAAUCUCAAUAAUAGUAUAGAUUAUCGUAUAAGAAUUUUGAUAGCUGACUGCAAAGCUUCGCUACUGGAUCUUAGAAGCUACUUAUUUAGCAGACAAUGUGCUAUGUUACUUUCACUAAAAAAACCUUGGGAAGUUGCUCAGCGGUGUUUAACUUUUGUUCAUGAUACUAUAAAUGAACUUAGAAUUCUGGAAAUCCAGCGACCUGAGGGAUCAGUAGAAUGUUGGGCUUUUCUUUGUGCAUUAGAAGUUUUGCAUUCGUGCCAAACAUCAAUCUCAAGUAUAGAUAACAAUCAAUUAUUAGAUUUGUGUUCUUUACAUACAGCAAGCUUAUGGGCACUCGCAAGAGAUAAGUUGGAAAGCCUUGGUAAACUUUGUGGCUUGAUGCCAGGAAAUGAUCCCACAAGUGAACAACUUCAUACAGUUGUGUAUUUAAUUGCUGGCAUGGGUGACUCAGAACUAAUAACACAUAACUCAAAUAACCCAACACCUACUGAUAAAUUAAAAGAAGCUCUUUCAUCCAAGGAAGCUUUUAGAAAGCAAUAUUUAUAUCAUACAGAAUUAGCAAUGGGUACAUACAAGCAUGUUGGCCGAAUAAGAUCUGCUCGAUUUAUUGGCAGAGAACUUGCACACUUUUACAGCGAGCUCAAUGAGAAUCAAAAAGCAGUAGUCUUCCUGCUAGACGCACUCCAAACAUAUACAGCUGAAGGCUGGUAUCAUCUUGCAGCCCAGACUCAACAUGAGCUAGCUCAAUGUUACAAAAAAAUGGAUGACGUAGAACAUUACACCAAAGUUUGUGCAGCAAUAGCUAGUACUGAGAUCCUUCACAUUAUAAUAAGAAACUCUUACCUUGAUGAAAUGCUCAGUUAUGCAAAGAUGUUAGAGAAAUCUGAGCCACUUUUUACAGAAAUGUCCAAUAUUUUUAUUGUACAAAAGAUGGAAGUUAAUGUUAUGGAUAAAGUGAUCCAAGAUUGUGAAGUAAAAGUUGAAGUAGAACUUAAAAGUUUAUUACCAAGACAAAUUAAAUGUACAAAAGCAGAGCUAUCAGUUGAAGAAAUACCAAAACUUAACACAAAAAAGAAAAUUGUUAAAAGUGCUGAAGCAAAACCAGAAAUAUUACUGAAAUGCCGAAUAAAUGAUAAAAUACCAAGUGAUCCUUGCUUACUGCAGUUGUCCGCGUCAACGAAAUUAACUUUAAAAGAGGAUAAAAGCCUUGGUUCGGCAAAUGUACAUAUCAGUAAAAGUUUAAAAAAUCCUCUAAAACGCUCCGACAGUGUAAAACAUCGAAAGCCCAUGAAUGUGAAAGGUGAUUUCACUGAAGCUCUUAUUACGUCCACUGAAUUUAUUCUUCUACCAGGUAUCAAUAAAUUUACUCUAAUCAAGCAAAUUAAUCAUCCAGGAUUCUAUCGAGUUGGUCAAUUGUCUCUUCUUGUAGAGAAAAAAUUAGAAUUUUUGUCACCAUUGCUUGAGCCUCAAUUGUGUUUCAUGGUAGCUAAAACACAACCAACAAUUUCUCUAAAAUGUAAGAAUGAUUUGCUUGCUGGAUUGAUACAAACCAUAGAAUUAGUUAUAUCGAGUGGCAGUGUAAAAAUAAGUAGAGAUUCAAAACUUAAAUUAAGAACUUCUCGUGGAUUUGUAUGUAAAGUAAAUAAAAACAAAGAAAGACAAACUGAUGCUUUGACAAGAGAAAUGGAGUUAAUACUGCCCAUAUGUGAGCCAUUCAAAAUAAUAAGUUUAAAAUUGAUGGUAUUAGCAGAGCUACCACCAAAAAAAGAUUCAUCCUCUUUGGAGCACAAGUUAAAUAUUCAGUGUCCUUGGGGUUCUGAGGAAAGUAUAACCCUUCACUUUGGAACGCCACUUAUGUCAACGAUGAAGCUUCACACGGCGAAGCGUCGUAAGUUCUUGCAGGUGAUAGUUACGGGUUUGUCAAAUCAGUUAUUGCAGUUAACGGAACCACAAUUGACGAGCAGCACUUCCGUUGAUCUCCACUUCAAGAGUUUGAAUCCAAAUGCAGGUCAAAAACUCGUUAUUGGGAAUAAUAUGUGGGUAUCAUUUAUGUGGGAAGUUCAGAUUAGCAAUGAUGAUGACAGGUCCACGAUCCCUAUUAAAACGGAAUUUCGAGUUAAAUAUAUCGCAAUUAAAAAUAUCGAAGACAUCGGUGAAAUUGACGAUGUUAGGGAUCACCAUAUUUUAGAUGAUCCACUACAUAUUCGAGAUAUGGAAAAGGUUGAAAAAGAAAGUAAUAUUUAUUGGUGCAAUUUCGAUAUUACAGAUUAUUCAACCUUGUUCACAGUAGCAUCAAAGGUCGAGCCAAUUAUUGGAAACGGCAGUGUUGGCAGUGGUGGUGAAUUUUGUCGUUCAGGAAGCAUGUGUCAUCUUUGCUUAACGGUCACACGCAUGCAUAACCAUAAUCAACAUUUCAAUCAGAACAGCGCUAGCAAUCACCACCAUCACCCACCACCACAACUCAUGUAUGAAGUGCUUGCAGACCAAACAAUGUGGGCUGUGUGUGGUAGGACUGCUGGCAUAGUGUCUCUUGAAGUAGUCGAGAAGCAAAGUGUCACAUUAGACGUGAUGCCACUCACCAGUGGAUACCUGCCCCUGCCGGUAGUUAGGCUUUCACGAUACAUACCUGCAGUCGCCGAAAUAAAAAAUGAUAACACAAGAAAAAAUGAUUUGGGCACUGCAGUUGGACCAAGACUUGAACCAUUUAGUCCAGGACAAGUUUAUAAUGCUAGUAAAGCUCAACAAGUUCAUGUAUUGCCUGCUGCUCCAUUAUCUAUGGAAACUAAUUAAACAAUUAUUGAUAUGAUGUAUUAAAAUUCCAAUUGUAUUAUUCACUAUAAAAAAUCUA